UUCGGAGGAAGUUAUGAAGACAUUCCUCGCAGAGUAUCGCAUUCUGAAAGGGUUCGAAGUGUAGCACUGGCAUCUGCUCCUUUUGAAACAGUUUUAGAUACUGAAAUUGACGGCAUUGUUGUUAUUCCGGAACACAACGAAGGUCUGUUUAAAUGUGUUAUUUUUCCUGGUUUUUUAAAUGCACUUAUCGAACAAAUCAACAAAUUUGGGAUCUGUUAUGCUUAUUGUGCAAAUGUUUAAAAUAUAGAACAUCAGAAAGGGCUGUUGGCGUAUUUACAAAAAUCUACUUUUAAAUAAUUUAUUGGGUCAAAAUUCUACGAUCGUAGUCAAAACUACACAUUUUUGGAAAAAAAAAUCGAAAUUUGAAGUAAAUCUUUCCCUAAAUCAGGAGAUAUCCAUAAUUCGCCUAUUUGGCAAACAACAAUUUUUCAUCCAUUUCAUUAUUUUGAAUAAGAAUUGAAAUGGAAGUAAGAGUUUUGGUUUUGAUUUUUGCGGUUGAGUUCUUCACCUCAUUGUUGUUGUUAUAUAUUUUUUAUACUACUUUUAUUACAAUGCUGUCCAACAAUAAAAGUAUGUAGUUUAAAUUUUUAAUUAAAACAGCAAUUAUCGACUGGGUUGUGCUUUUGUGUACAAGUAACAAUUUAAAUAUUAUACUGUUCGGUUACAUCCAAACGGUAAAAAAUAAUUUUGAAGUAAAUAAAAUUAGACCAACCAUUUUUUACGUCUUAAGUACGGUUACUUAUUUAUUUUUUGGCGUUUUUCAUUUUCAUAAUUUGUUUGUAAAAAGGCAAUAAUUAAAAAAAGCAUUUAACCAUUGAUUCAGUUUAAUUUUUAAACAAGAAAUAAUUAAGUACAUUGAAUAUAGUUUAAAUUGCUUGUAAUGCCGAGCAGACGGGACAGGUGCACACCUACUUCAUAAAUUCUUCACUCUUGACUGAUGAAAAUUAUAUAUGCAAAGAAGCGGACAAUAAAUGCCAUUGCCAUGUUUUUUUUUAAUCUGUGUAAGGCAAACGUGCAAUGUUUUCAUUUUCCGUUUUUUCUCUCGCCAUCUGUAUUUGUUUUUCCACAAUCAACACAAUUAAACUAAUUGCAAUCCCAAUUAAGAGAAUCAACAAAGCUGGAUAAAACUCAUCCAGACCAACAUGAAAAGUUACAAAAGCUUGAGACGAUUGAAUACAUUCUGGCUUCCUAGGAUGCCAAUGUUUUUUUUCUCUGUCCAAAACUCCAUGUUCAGCCAAACGCUGAAAACUACGAUUUUCGUCUUAGGCAGUUUUCUACCAGUUUUGUGUUUACCAAGUUUCCAACAUAUCACGGAACGGUGUCCCUUUUUGCAUCGUGUUAUACAAAUCCGUAUUUUUAAAUAAUUUUACUUCUCGAAGCUCACAUAUGGCGUAAUCGGGAAAAGUUGUUUCAAUAAUAGGAUAAGCUCUAGCGACCUCGAUAUGAAAAGCAUAUCCUCCUUGUCUCACUAAAUCAACACCUUUUUCCGGCGGGAAAAAGUGAGACAUGUUACCUUUUCCGUAGAUCUUUUUGAAAUACAACUCUUUAAGGACCUUAUCAGUAGUGUGCUAAAAGAAGAAAAUAAGUUUUGGAAACUGAAAAUAAUCAAACUCAACAGCAAAUAGGUCUUUGUUAUAGAUGAUAUCCUCACAUCCAACUUUCAAAGUUGACUCAGUGAGGUCUUUCAAGUUUUUAAUCUUGCUUGUUGGUUUCAUUAACAAGUGGGAAACGAUACUUGCCGAAUAAAACUGAUAAAUUAUCACCGAAAGUAGGAAAAUUGAAAUGGCAGUGAUGCGCCCACAGGCCAUUUUUGGUACCGUUGGUGAUCCUAAAAUCGAAUAAUAGCCAAAUCCCCAUUUUACGACUUGUACCUUGCUGGCAAAAAGCCCCCAAAGUGAAUAAAAACGACAAACUCCAAGACGUUUCAGUCGUAUUGUGAUAUCUAUUCCGUUCAAAAGUUGUUACCAUUUUCAAAAUUAUAAUAGAAACGAUUGCCAGAACCCCUGUGAUCAACCAAAUUGAGGUUGAGAGAGGUUUCAGAAAAAUCUCGAUUGAAGUCCUCGAUUUUGGGCUUCGGAAUAGAAAUCCUGCUCUGAUUUAGAACCAAUUAGAAAAUUAUAAAAAAUGUGGAGUUACCAACUUCCAACUCCACGUAUUUCGGCCGUAGUCUAUAAAUCUUGCUCGAUCUUCUCGAAUGAAAAUUGGCGAACUUCCAAAAUCUAUUAAUUUUUUUCCCAAGGCACCAACCAUGCCGUCGAAGGAGCCAUUAGGCAAGGGAUAACCCCACGAAGUGCCCAGUUCCACAAUCAUUCUAAAAUGUACAUUUUUGAUUGUAUUUUUACUCUGCUUUAUAGUUACGAAAAGUUAUAGUAAUCUCUACAAAAUCGGAGUAAUUUAUUUUGAAACCGAUUAAAAGUGUUAAUAUUUCUAUUAUCGUCAUUGUAAAGAUAAUCUUCCAAAGACCCCUUAAAAGGGACUAACAACUGGAAUAUUUAUUACGCCAAAAAUCUCAAUUUUUGAUUUUGUAUUUACCACAACCAUUGUUUUGAAAGUAACUCCGGUCAUAUUUUUGCGUCUCCAGUACUUCGCUUCGUUAGUUCUUGCAUUGUAGCCUCGCCCAUGGCUAUAAAAACCCAUUUGGGGGUACUUUAAAGUGCCUCCAUGUUUUGAGGCAGGAUUAUAAACAUCAAAUAUCGUCCAAUUUGAACCACUUUGAACAGCGACAUGAAUAUCAGCGUUGAUAUUUAUAAUCGCGUUUUUGAUUUUAUCCAAAAUAUGGACUGAUUUUGAUAUUAUCAACCAGUGGUGUUUAACGUCGAAAAGUUUGAGUUGACCGCACUAAAAGAAUAAAUUGGGGACAAUGGUUAUGAAACAGGAACUUACAGUAAUUAAAAAACUUUCACUUUCGGGACAAUCGCCGUCUAAAACUACUCCGAUUUGUUGAUGGUUUGUAUUUAUGCUUUUGUGAACUUCAGUUUGAUUAUUGAGAUUUAAAACGGAUAUUGGGGAUGAUCCCUUUGAUAAAAUUUUUACCAAAUUUACUUGUUCUGUUGAGGGAAAAUUGAAUUAAGUAAGUGAAAUUGUACCAUUUUCAAUUACUGACCAUUUUUGGGAAAACAACCAAAAACUGUCGCAGAUUUAAUAGAUUUCUCGGUAAAAUAAUUUUCAAUUAAGUUUAUGUCCAGCAAAGCAACAGUUUGGAAAAAGUGAAUUUGGGUGAUGAGAACUGGGAGUAAAAUCAUGACGGUGAGGGGUGAAGUCAUGUUGUGGCUGCUCGAGGGUUUGCAUGACACUAGGAUGGCCGUCAGAACUUGUGAACAACAAAAAGUUGGCUAAAUUAUGUAUACUAAAAUAAAAUAUUCCGACAGAAGGCGUCGCUUUAAUUCUUCUUGCAUACAUGAAAUUAAAUCGUGGAAUUGAACGAUUUUCCUUUUAAUGCACAAGAGAGGAGGAGAAACAUUACUGUUAACAAUAUUUGUGCUGAUUCUUUAGCGAUACCAGAAAGUAAAUUUUUUGUUAAGCAUAAUUUUAGGUACUUUUAUCGUGAAUAGUGACAGUAAUCACUAAUCAGCGACAAAUUAAGUAGCUACAGUUAUCGUAUCGUGGUGCCCACAUUUGUAAAUGUAUGAAUAAUUUUUAGGUAGGUCUUAUAUCUUGCUUGAAUAAUAAAUACAAUAUUGAAAAUAAUGCAUGCUCAAUCUUAAAUAACAGACCCAAAAUAAUUUUGACGUUAUUCGAUUUAUUUUUUUUUUACAAUAAAAAACUUUUUUGUUUUCUACAUACAAGAUGUACCUACAUAAAUGUGUAUGUCACAAUAGCUCUAUUAUUACAAGACACAAACUCGUUUUAUUUUUGCAUUUUAAAAACUGAAUUAGUGAAUUUUGUUUUUUGUGUCCAUCAGAUUAUUGAAAAAAGACACACUCCAGCUCUGAACUAAGUACUGGAACAGUACGAGGCGGGACUACCUUGUCUGUUAUUAUCAGUUUUGUCUUGAUUAAGUUUUUUCUGGUAUUAAAAGUUAGACUAAUCCCUGCUUUUCCUUAUACAGCGUUAAAAGAUUUCGGGGGGAAGAAAAAAGUCUCCAUGGACUUAUGUCCGAAAAUUCUCCUUAAGGGAGCUAGAAUCUUCUUAAAACACCUAGCAAAAGGUUUUUUUUUUAAAUUAGUUCAGUAACCGGUUAAACUAAAUUUCCAAAAAUUUCCAUUUGGGAUAACAAACUAAGUUUGUGUUUGGAAAACGUUUAUUUAAUUUUUUCUACAGAUUCAGAUUAAUUUUCUGUAAAAAAUGCCUCUAGUGAUAUUUUUAUACGACGAACGGAUUUUGAGAAAAACGGGUUUUUUUAAAACCGCACACCGAUGUAUAAGGUCGAAUCACAGUUGUCGAGUUUAUGGCUCUAGAUUCAAAUUUUUUUCUAUUAUUGGCCUAUGGAAUCACCCCCAAAAUAUUUUAACCCUUUUCCCGAACAUCCUAUUUAUAUUCGAAAUUUGUUAUUCGAUCCAUUUAGACUUUGCUAUUAAUACCAUAAAAAAUAUUUUAAUUGAUAAAAUUAAUUAAUCUUAUUCUCAAACCGAGCCACGUGAUAUUUUUGUUGAUUGCGCAUUACACACUCCUUCGCUUCUAUUAAUAAUCACAAUUAAUGUGGUUUCAUUGCUAACCUGAAGUGCCAUUUUUCAGUUUUGAAGUGAAAACAUCCAUUAAUUAAUUGAGCUAGUUGCAAAAAGAUGACAGCCGCAGUCGUUGCCAUUAUAGUUCUAAUAGUUAUUUUAAUGUGGGUUGUAAAGUGUUGCAUAGACAGCGAAAAGGAAAAAUAUAUGCUUCCAAAAUUUCCUCUACAAGUUCGUUAUGACGAGAUACUGCAAGCACCUUCACCACAAACAUUCUUUUAUUCAACUCCAGAUUCGCCUGUGGUGGUGCCGCCUUAUCCAGUAGAACCAAGACACCCAACACCACAAUCUGCGAGAGUUCCCACCUCCGGUCUUGGUUUUGCCACACACAACCCGCCAUACCCUACACACACUCCACAUCCAGUGCCUGGUGUUGACUACUGUCUUCCAUCAGUUGGGGCUUCUUCUGCUCUCUACUCACCCGCAGGCUCUACUCCGUACCCGUUAGCGGGCUCUCCACAUUCUGCAGCAUAUCCAGAUUAUGAUUCGCAACCUCCUUCAUAUUCUGAAGUUGUCUCCCAGUCGCCAGCCCAACUCUCAACCUCUUCUAAGGCGAGAUACACAAAACAAGCGCCAUACAACCCAAGUUAUUAAUUUUAAAGAGUUUUGAAUCUUUAUAAUGGACAACACAAAGAUUUUAAAAGAAAUACUUAUGAGAUUGAGGCUCUUAUUAGAGCCUCAUUUAAAUGUGAUCCAGUGCUUACUUAUGUUUACUUAGGAUCUUUUAUUUUGUAUACAAACUGUUUUGUUAAUUGUGAGUAUCAUUUACCAAAGUGUGAUUAAAAUAAAUACAUUUUAUUUUAA